AUGGACUCAAGCUUCUUUUCCGACAGUGGCAACCAUUGGCUCCAAUUCUCCGUGUACCUCUUCUCCUUCCUCGUGGGGCUCCCCCUGAACCUGCUGGCCCUGGUGAUCUUUGUGGGUAAGCUGCGUCACCGCGUGGUGGCCGUGGACAUGCUCCUGCUCAACCUGACCAUCUCGGACCUCAUCCUGCUUCUUUUCCUGCCCAUCCGCAUGGUGGAGGUGGCCAAUAAAAUGCGCUGGCCUCUGCCCGCCUCCCUCUGCCCCUUCUCAAGAUUCCUGUUCUUUACCACCAUUUAUGUCACGUCCCUGUCCCUGGCUGCUGUGAGUGUUGAGCGCUUCCUGAGCGUGGCCUACCCGGUAUGGUACCAGAGCCGGCCUCGGCUGAGACAGGCAGUGCUGGUCAGCGGGGUUUGCUGGCUGCUGUCCUGUUCUCACUGCAGUGUGAUCUAUAUUGUGGAAUACUCAGGAAACUCCUCCCACAUCAAUAAGACCUGCUAUCUGGAAUUCCAGGAGGACCAGCUGUCGAUUCUCCUGCCAGUCCGGUUUGAGAUUGCCGUGGUUUUGUUUUUUGUACCCUUUCUCAUCACUGUCUAUUGCUACAGCCACUUACUCUGGCUGCUCAGUAAGGGAUCUAGACGUCACCUAAGAAGGAGGGUGGCCGGCCUGGUGGUGGCCACGCUGCUCAACUUUCUCAUCUUCUGUGGGCCUUUUGCCGUGUCCCAUGUUGUGGGCUUUUUCUGGCAUUGCAGCCCACCAUGGAGAAGUUACGUGCUGCUGCUCAGCACCCUGAACUCCUGCAUCGACCCUCUUGUCUACUACUUCUCAUCCUCUCAGUUUCAAGCUCAAGUCCAUGGGCUGCUGAGGGGGUUGACCUACAUUCCUGAGAGACAGAAGAACGAUGUAAAGCUGAGCAAGAAGACAAAGGCAGAGGGACAGCAGCAGGAAGUGUCCAACACAGAGAGCUCUAGACUCUAG